GGCAGUGCCCCGGGGCUGGGAGGGCAGGGGAGACUUGGGGCUGUUUAAUCAUUAAACUCCAGCGUCUUGGAAGAGGCGGGGACUCUGGCUUCCUUGCCACUUCACCCUGUACCUUGCUCCCUCUCCCAUUCCCUGCAACCAUGAAGCAAACGAAAGGGCUCGAAGGUGACAAGAAGUCUAUCAUAAAAUUUGAAUUUAACCCCAAAGAUGGGAUUGACAACCCUGCCUUGUCGCUGGCUGAGGACACGGAUGCCAAGGAUAUGGAGGAGCCCCGCUUCUACCUCCUGAGCAAGGGCAGCGCGGAGACCUUCGGCUUCAGCCUCCACGAGGAGCUGGGCUGCCGAGGCCACAUCAUCCGGCAGGUCGAGCUCGGGGGGGUGGCCCAGCGCAGGGGGCUGCAGGACGGCGACCGGCUCCUCCAGGUCAACGGCCACUUCGUGGACCACAUGGAGCACCACAGGGUGGUGCAGAAGAUCAAGGCCAGUGGGAACCAGGUCCUACUGGCAGUGUUGGAUGGUGACUCCUAUGAAGCAGCCAAAGCCUUGGGCAGGGACCUGUCCCAGAUGCUGCCGGCUGACAUCCGCCCGCGCCUCUGUCACGUCACACGGGACAAAAACGGUUUUGGCUUCAGCGUGUCAUGUCCGGAAGGCAUGAAGGGUACCUUCCAGCUGUCAGUGCGGCAGGACGGGCCGGCGGAGAAAGCGGGGGUACCGCAGGGCUCCUGGCUCCUGGAGCUGAACGGGGACAGCGUGAGGAGCAUCUCACACACGCAGCUCACCCGAAAGCUUAAGCAGAGUGGCAGCAAGGUGACACUGCUGGUGGCAUCCAGUGCCGUGGAGGAGUUCUACCGUCUGCGGGGUCUGCGGGUCACGGCCGUCACGGCGGACACCUCCUGGCUCCCCUUCAAGGCACGGGAGCUGCACAUGGUGAAGGGUCCGGCGGGCUACGGGUUUCUACUCAAGGAGGACGACUGCAGGUCAGGAGCCACAGGCCAGUUCCUGUGGGACGUGGACGCGGGGCUGCCAGCUGAGCAGGCAGGGAUGAAGGAAGGGGAUCGUCUCCUGGCUGUGAAUGGUGAGAGCAUUGAGGGGCUGGACCACCAGCAGACGGUGCUCAGGAUCCGAGCCAAUGACGACCAGGUGACGAUGCUGGUCAUCGAUCCCGCUGGCGAUGAGUUCUACCACUCGAUCGGCUUGUCCCCUUUGCUGUCCUUUGAGGACAGUGACCCUGCCUCAGGCUCCAGCACGCCCUCCCUGCCCUCUCCUAGUGGCUCCCCUGGACUCUGUCACGUUGAGGUGGGAUCAAAGGGACCUGGCUCCUGGCUGGUGGCUGCUGCCAACCGUAUAGGCUUCACACAGAACUCGCACCAAGAGGAGCAGAGAAGGCUGCACCAGGCGUUUUAGCAGCCCAGGAGCAUCCAGAUCCAGCCACGCUCCCUCACAUAGCACUUUGACCCAGACCACGUCCAGCCCAUCUGUGGCCCCUGUCCGGCUUCCCGAAGAGCACAGCAUGGCCAUCGCAUGCACAGCUGCUGCAUUUCCAUGCCUGCAAUGGGGCUCGCAGCAUCACACCACCUCGAGACUCAGCUUGGCCGACCAAGGCUCUUCCCAAGCUUUGGUGGUGGCUUCUUGCAGCCUGGAGACAGAGCCGUGCCUUUGCCCACCUGGCACUGAAGCCCUUGCCCAGCUCCAGGCUCUGGGAGCUGCCAGGAGAGCCAGAGCACCAUCCUCUACACUGUGACCAGGAGACUGGGGAGCCCAGAGUGGCCCAUGGCUAGCGUCCCGGCCAGUGGGUGUAAGGGAAAGAGAGCAACGGAGGCCAACAGGACACUGGUGGGAUCUGCACUUCUCACUGUUGGCUGCAGUCCGCUCCUGCAUGGACAUCUCGCUUGUGCUCCUCCUCCCAUCCUUCCUGUGGGCAGUGGGUGUCCGCCCCGUCACAGUACUCUUCCUGUUUCACCCAUGUGGGGUGUGAUUAAAGGACAAAUCCACUCUGCUGUUCAUGUGGGUAACGUUAUGGAGAGGAUGGUGACUUAACAGCGCAUCCCAGGCUUUCCUUCAGCUCCCGCUGCGCUGACAGCACAGUGUGAAUGGUUCCCACCUCCCCUCGCUCCCCUCAAGUGCUCUUUGCUGCCCUGGAGCCCCUUCUCCACCUCACCGGCGAGGUGAAGGCAUAACGAGGGGCCAAAAGCUUGACCUACUCCCUGGUCUCAUUUCUCUCCCUGUUCUACCGCCUGCUCUCACCCUCCUGGUCCAUGCGUCCUCCUGGUCCAUGUGUGCUCCCGCCCCAGGGACCUGUUGGAGCUGAGCUGUGGAUAACAGCGAGAGCAGCUCCAGAGGGCUUUUCCUCCCCAUGCCUUUGCAGAGAGAGAUGCCUCAAAGGCACCGACGGCAGCUGGGAGCCUCCCAGGUGCCCCACAGCGCUACUGGCUGUUCCCAUUUCCACCCUUGUGAAGGAGAUGCUGGUUCAGCUCCCUGAGACUGGCUUUGCUCCUGCUCGGUGUCCGCUGCCGCCCCAGCAGCUCCGGGGAGCAGCGCCAUGCCCUCGCCAUGGGCUGCACCGAUGCUGCAUCCCACCUCUUCUAUCCUGUAUCCCGCUCAUCCCACCGCGCUGACAGUACAGGGUAAGUGAGUCCCAUCUCCUCUCGCUCCCCAAAAGUGCUCUUUGCUGCUCUGGAGAGAAGCCCAUCCCCACCCCACCAGCGUGGGGCAGGUGAGCUGCGGGGCCACACCGCGCUCCUGGUGAUGCUCUUCACCUUCCCUUCCAAGUGCUGGCUGCUUCCACAGCUCCUGGUGUUGCCAAGUCAUUUCUGGGAAAGGGGAAAAGGGGACAAACGCGGGGACUACGAGAGGGACAAGCAGGCAGACCCUGUGCUUGGAUCCCAGGCAGGGGCUGCAGCCAGGUGUGACCCGAGGACUCCCCUCGCAGCGUGAUGCAUGAGGAGCAGCGGUGCGUGCACACCGGGGUGGGCAUGAGGGACCCCUGGAGGGAAAGAGAGAGCCCUAAAGGGAAAGUUGUACCUCUCUUUUGAGUGUGGGAGAGUGAAAAUGAGCACAGAGUUUUGCAUGCGGCAAAGACCGCAAACCUCUCUCUGGCUGAGGUUUCACCUCUGCUAAAAUCAGCCCCUUCUGAACACUAACGGAAGCAGCGAGGCAAUGGCUUUUGCAGGCAGGGAAGUCUCUGCCUCUGUUGUGUCCUCUGCCUGUACCACAUACCCGGGAAGCAAGGGCUCCGUGCCCAGAGCCUUUGCACGCUGGCAGCAGGGCCAGCCAACAGCGCCUGGUUUGGGGAUGGGCGCUCAAAGCCAAAGCAAGGUCCCUGCAUCUGUCCCACUGCCCCUUUCCACUUCUGCCCUCACCUUCAUGAACGUCUUGCUUGUCUUCCCGUGCCUUCUCUAGGUUCUACAGCCUCUGCCCGAGCUCUUCACUGCCAGCUUCUGCCUACCACGUAGGUUGGAUUGGAGCCAUGGUGAUUUUUACAUUUGGCUCCACAGAGCCGAUGUAACCCUCCCCCUUCCCCUCCCCAGGUACUUGUGGUAUCCCCGAGCUGGCCAGGGCACCCUCAGGUGGUCAAUCCGGCUUGAUUACUAGCCAGAAUCCAUUAGCAUCUAAUGGGAAAAGCCUCAGAAACACAGGCUCAAUAAAUGUUGACAUAUUUGAGGUCGAUAUAAUCCUUAGGAAAAUUUGCCCAGGUAAUUAAAGCCAGACAAGGAGUGGCCUGUCCCAGAAACAUUUACUAACCUUUACUAAAGGCAAUAAAAUCAAGACUGAGAGUUUUAUAAACCAGCUACGCCAGGCUCGCUCGCUCUAUCCAGCGCUGCACGCUGCUUCCAGCGCUCCUGCUCAUCUGUGUGCGAUGUGGGAACUCAUCGUGAACCAUCAGCUCUGGAAGCGCAUCCACCGGUGGAAGAAAGCAGCACAGUGCUUUGCUGGGACACAACCACACUGAUUGACGAUGUGCAGGGAUGGGAGGAGAGGGACAGCCUGGACAACCUCCCCGCGGCCAGCACCACAGGCAGAGCGCGGUGCAUCCCUCCUGUGUACCACGACAGCGGCUUUUCCAUGCUGCUGUGGCCUUGCACACCUGGCACCCCAGGAGUCAGGGAAUUAUGGAACUGUUUGGUUGGAAAAGACCUUUGAGAUCAUCAAAUCCAACCGUAUCUGUCCACUGCUAAAGCAUAUCUCCGAGCUUCCAGCUCCUGUGUGAGAUGGGGUGCAUCGAUGCUGCAGGGGAAGCGAAGAGGUGAGCUCCGUCCGGGGAGGAGCCCAGCUCCGCAGAGGAUGAGGCUGUGCUGUCCCUCCCCUAGGCUCCAGCCAAAUCCCAGGAGCUCUCGCUUCCCAGAGUGAGGUUGGCCAAACUGCAGCAUCUGCUCUUCUGGUUUUGCCUUCUCCCCUCCUCAAAGCCAGUGCCGUCAGGCUGGUGCCGUGCUGUACCAGCCUCAGCUGGUUUUACGUAAAGGAAGUGUUCCUCUGUCUGGGAAAAAGGCUGAAAAGAGGAUCUGAAGGCAGUGGAGAAACAGAACUGCACUUACUUUCAAGCCCAUGUCGUAGUUUCUGAAGGUUUCGCGUUGUCAGCUCUGGCAAAAGCCUGACCUGCUCUCUCGUCUCCUUUCUCUCCCCGUUCUUCUCCCUGCUCUCACCCUCCUGGUCUGCACAUGCUCCUGUCUCCGGGGACCCGUUGGAGCUGUGGGUAACGGGAAAGCAGCUCCUGAGGGAGCUCUUCCUGCUGCCUUUGUAGAGUGACACCUCAAAGGCAGCAACAGCCGCCGGGUGCCUUCCAGGUGCCCCACAGCACUGUUGGCUGUUCCCAUUUUCAUCCCUGUGAAGGCCACGAUAGUUCAGCUCCCCGAGGCUGGCUGUGCUCCUGCGUGGCCUCUGCAGCUGAGCACAGCCCCAGCAGUGCAGGAGAGCAGGGCCAGUGCCUGGGGCACCGCUGCAUCCCACAUCCCCAUCCUGCAUCCCGCAUGAUGCAUCCUUCACCUUCCACCCACAUCCUCUUUCCUGCAUGUUCCAAUCUUCAUCCCACACCCUCCAUCCUGCAUCUUCCAUUCUCCAUCCUCCUUCCUGCAUCCUCCAACCUUCUUCCUGCAUUCUCCAUCCUCUGUUGUCCUCCUUCCCGCAUCCCGCAUUCUCUAUCCCGU